AUGAAGUCAUUGUUACUUUUUUGUUUGCUUUCAGUAUUUGCUAAAGGUCAAGAACAAGAAGGUCCUAAUGAGAUAUUAUUACAAGAAAAUAUAACUUUCAAAGAUAAUGUCGAUUCGAAUCAAUAUCGAUAUUAUCGUAUACCUUAUCAUUAUGGGCAUAAAAAUAUCACAAUAAAAAUAAUUCCAAGCUGGGGAGAUCCUGAUCUUUAUGUGAAUAUUAAUUCUAACAAUAUUCUUCCUAGUAAGAAAGCUUAUGAUUAUAUUUCUUCUACUGCUAAAAGCUUUGAAGAAAGGAAAGAAUUUUAUUCGGAUGGAAAAUCUUCAGCUAAUUGUCCUUCGCUUUUAUCAUCUACAUCUACAAUUAUAUCGAGUCCAUGCUUUUAUCACAUAGCAAUAUAUGGAUAUUCAGCUGCAUCUUAUACGUUUACUAUCAUAUCAACCCCAAUAAUGCCUGCUGAGAUUUGGCCUGAAUGACAAACAACAAUUUCAACAAAAUUUGGAUACGAUUUUAAUCAUUUCAGCAUAAUUAAUUCUACAAGUCCAUGAACAGUAUCAUUGGUAAAAAUAAUAGGAAAAGGAUCAAUUUAUUUUUCUAUACAUGACUAUGCUAAAAUUGGUAAAAAUCCAGAAAAUUGGCCGAAUCAUAAUUAUACCGAUGUUAGUUAUCAAAUGAUAACAAAUGGGACAAAUGAGGAAAUUUACUUGGGCUUUGAAGCAUUUGCAAAAAUUUGCCCAAGUGAAACAUGUGUAUUUCUUUUUUGCAUAACUUGCUAUAGCUAUGAUUGCAGCUUUAACUUUACAAUUCAUCAGUUACCUGGCACGCCCAUUGAAGAAAAUGAAGAAGAGCAAGAACAUGAAGAUAAAGAUAAAUAUAAAGAUGAAACGGAUAAUAGUUUUUUUGAUGGAAUUUACGAACAAUUUUCUUUUCUUUUUGAAUGGCCUUAUAUAAUCCCAACUCUAAGUGCGUUAUUUUUUACUCUAGUGAUCCUAUUAUGAUUAAUUUGUAGAAAGAUCCGCCGAGUACCAAAAAUUAAGGAAGACUGUUAUCAGUUACUAAGCGAAAAUCCUGAAAUAAACCAUUUCCAAAGUAAUAUGCUAUAUACCUAUGGGCCACCUGAUGCAAACCUAGCAGGGGAUUCAUAUGCUGACUUGAAUUAUAUUCCUGAGUACAAUCGAAGUACAAGAACAAUAAAUUUAACAAGACAUUAUCAAGAUCAAGGCAGCCGGUCGCUUGAGCUAUAUAGAACUGUAGCGCCGUUAUUAAAGUAA